AUGGCAUUGUUCGAGAAACUAGACGUCGAUGCCAACAAGGUGCCCAACACCAAACUUGGUCUACACAUCUUUCAAGGUGUACUGGCUGUCGUAAUAUUUAUCCUCGAAAUCGUAUUAUUUAGAGCCGACGACUCGAAAAUUAACGGUAACAAUGGGUGGCCGUUUGGUUUGUGUUUCUUAUCUAUCCCAGCAUGGAUUUACCUAGCUAUGUCACCGCGAUUCGAACGAACGAGAAAGAUCGCCCAACCACAUGCGAUGGUCGUCGUCGAUACCGUAUUCACCAUAUUCUGGCUAUCUGGUUUUGCUAGCCAAGCAGCAUACAAUACCGCCAACUCAUGCGGACAAGGCUGUGCUGUGAGCAAGGCCAUUGUCGGAAUCGCCUUCUUUGAAACCCUCGCCUGGGCGGCCACAACAGCUGUCAGCGUGUACACACUACGGUACUACCAACGCACCGAUACGCUCCCCGGCUACGAGAACCUAGGCGGUAACGAGAACAUCGAUCCCGAUAAGGCCGCCUUCUCGAUGGCGCCUCACGACGAAGAAGCGUACGCACCGGUGCAAAUGGAUGAUCACCACGACGAUCACCACGUCAACGAGGGGCCUUAUGACCCCGAUUCGUACGGUGGAAGCCGAUUUGGCGACGAUACUGCGUACAGGCCACACAGCACAUCCCCACCGCCGCACGAGAACCCAUUCGACAACGCAUACCGCACGCAUAGCCACUCCCCAGCACUUACCGCUGACCCCUACGGCGACCCGUAUGCCUCGCAAAGCUCGCGUCCGCAUAUCUACGCCCCGCCCGCCGCAGAAGACUACGACGACGACAGACCCGUGCAAUUCCCAAGUGCAAAUUACGACCGCACGCUGCACUGA